UCAGCCUGCGCCGCUGGGGAGGAGCUUCUCCCUCGCCUCAGCCUCCUCCUCUUCUCCGCCCCGUGCAGAGCGGGCGGUUCGCUAGGGUUGCCCGGCGUGGCCAUGGCCACCCCGGGGCGGCGCCGCCGCGCAGCGCCCCAGGCAAGGUUUGACUCUAGUAACUCGGAACACUGGAUCAAGAGAGUAGAGCAAGCCUCUGAGUGUGCUGUCUCUGAAGCUUUUUCCUUUCAGAAGUCAAGGUAUCAACCGGGGCCUUGUUGUCCUGUGAUGAGUUUGGAAACUGUGGAACAACUGCAAGAUCAUGAUGAAGCCUAUGAGGAAGCCCAAGAGCUGCUCAGUAACUGGAUGAACUCCAAACUGCAACUGGAGCUGACAAGCAAGGAAGAGGAAGUUGGCUCUGUACUCCUGGAAGAGCGUUCUGCAGCCCCUCUGAAGUAUGAGCAGUUUGAUGACUUGUGCAGCUAUCUGGAACAUGAACUGGAAAGUUCUUCUGUCCAAGUAUACCUACAGCAUCUUUUGCAGAGUGAAGUUCUGAACUGUGGGAUAAUGGAAAACCUUAGGCUUGAAGACAUCAAGGAAAAAAAAAAACUUGUAGAUCCACGAAUAAUCAUGGAGCUCAGACACAAGCAGGUGAAAGAAAACCGAAUGAGGCGUCAGAAGGCAUUAGAGCUUCAGGGGCAAGAAAAGCUCCUGAAGAAAUCAGUUUUGUCUAAGGCAAAGUUCCAAGGACAGGAGGAAGACAGAAGGAAGGCUCUGAAGGAGGAAGAGGAGAUCCAGAGGAUAAUGGUGAAGCUGCGAAAGGAAAUGGCUGAUAAGAGACACACUGUGGCAGAAGCAUGGAGAACGGAGGCGAAGAGAGUAGAAAAAAGGCAGGAGCUGUCAGUGCAGGAGGUACCUAUUACUGCGUCAUCACCCCGGGUCCUGAAGACAGAAGAGCAAGAAGGGGAGAAACAGAUAAAGUCUCAGGAGCUGCUGCACAGGAUUCACAUCAAUAAGCAGAGAUGCAUGCAACAACAUUUCUCUGCUUGGCUGAAAGUUGUUCUGGAGCACAGAAUUAAAAUGAGAAGAGCCAAAGCCCUUGCUGACUGGAGAUGCCAACUGAAGGCCCUGCGAGCCUGGAGAAACUAUACUUGGGCCCAGAAAGUAGCGCAGGAAACACAGCAAUUGGAAGCUCAUCUCCAAGAUCAAAACAGGAAGAAACAACUGUCUGCGGAGCAUAACCAGCGACGUAUUUUGCACCGCUGCUUUCUAGCGUGGCAAUGCUGGAGCCAAGCAGAGAAAGAAAAGCGAGAGCUGCAGAUCAAGAGGGAGGAGACAAAGAGAAAGAUGGCACAGCUGCUGGAGGCAGUGUCACAGGGGAAGGGUGGUCUGGACAGGCCACUGGAGAUUAACAAGCCUGGGACAGCAGAAGUGAACCAUCAUCAAGAUAGGCAGCAAGACAAGCCAACUGAAACUUGCCUCAUACAGAAAGAACCUGAUCAGACCAAAGACCACUCUCAUUGGGAUGCUGUUCAUACAUCUUAUUCCUACAGAAAACCCAAAUUUGCUUGGAAGGUUACCUUAAAAUCUGCAGCGCCGAGUGCCCAGGGCCAGGCUGUAUACAGUAAUCAAACAGCCACUCUCCCUCAGCAGUUUCAGGCAGCUGGUCCAAAGAAAGCUCCUGCUUAUGGUAGCCGUUUCGAACACCGUCAUGCCUUCCAGCAACGUCUGAUUGAGGAGCAGAGGCAGCAGCUUCAGAAACAGCAAGAGCUGAUCCUUGAACUGCAGGAAAACCAGAGACUGAACAGAGCUAAAGAAGAGGCAGCACAAGCCACAGGUGUAACUUGGUCACUUAACAACUCAGCCUUAGAAGCCAGAGAGGAAAACCAAUCCAUAUGCAACAAUACAACCCAUGUGAGUCUGCCUGUUUCUCAUGGGCCAGAAAACACAAGGGCAGUGAUGCAAGGCACAAGGCCCUCCAGCAAGCUGACUUCAGCUCAUCCCAUACUGAAAGCUAUGGAAGAGAGAGCAAUUCAGCGGGCAGAAAGGAGGAGGAAACUAGAAGAAGCCAGACAACAAAGAGAAAAGGAAAAAUUGGCCCAGCUGAAGGCUGAAGAGGAAGCACGACAGAGGAAGGAGGCUGAGGAAAAGGAAGCUCAGCAGGAAAAACGACGGGAGGAGAGAAGGCAGCAGAAGCUGAAAGAGCUGGAGAAGCAGAGGAGGCUGGAGAAAGACCAGCAGCUUCAGAAAAAAGCCAGAGAUCACUAUGAGAUGGUCCUGCUCAGAAAGCUGGGAAUGGUGCCAUGGAAGAGGCUGAGAAAGCAAGCGAAGGAAAACCUGUUGGUGGCACAAAGGCACCAUUGCUUGGGCCUGCAGAGGAAAUGCCUGGUGAUGUGGCUCCAGUACACCCAAGACAGCCUGAAGGAGAAGGAGUCUCGGGCUGAGGACUUCUAUUCCCGUACAUUGCUGAGAUGGGGCUUCAGGAACUGGCUAAAGUACAAGGAUUAUCUCUCCGCUCUGGAGGAGAGAGUGAGAACCCUUCAUGCCACGUGCCUCAUGAGGAAGUACAUCAGGGCAUGGUUUGAUCUGAUGAUGGAGGAAAAGAGUAUGUUAUGGAAAAAGCUGAAGAUUGCUACUGAACACAGUAACAAGAGACUCCUGCGGAAUGCAUUCAAAGCAUGGAGGCAAUACCCACUACUGAUGAAAAAGGAAAGAGAAAGAGAGGAAAGAAGAAACCAGCUGCGCAGGAGAGUUGCUGAAAUUCUCCCUGAUUUCCAGACAUGACAGAAGGGAAUCAAAGGAGACUAGGAAAGGGGACAAAAAGACUCCUUCUUUUCUGUGCCAUCUUCCUACUGACUGAAACAAAUCCAAGGGGAAGUCUUGUCCAGUGCAAAGGGUCUUACAGUCAAAGCAAGCUCCCUGGGGCCACUGCUCUAAUAACUUAAGUAUAUAUGACAACUGAUGGUUUCACUUUGUACUUCAGGGGGUUAUUCCCCACAAGGACCUUCUUGUUUGAAGUCCCUGUAGGGGUAUCUUGGCUAGUGGCAGUGAGGCCUAGGUAACCAAAGCCUAGCACGGGGUGUUUCAGGCCAAAACCCACUUCUACAUGAAGAGUUUUUGCAAGCAGCCCUGGCACAAAUCCUCCUCCAGCACAGGAAGCACUGAACUGCACCUAUUUUUUCCUUAAGCAGUAACCUGCUGCUUUUCUAUUGCCAGCACUCUAGCAUGACACAGCUUGAUCAGAGAGCAAACAGACUUGUCUACUGACUCCUGCUAACCACUACUGCGAACUUGGCCACCCAGAGAACAGUUUCUGAUUAACUGUGCCAAGAAAGUUAGGAUGGGAGGAGAGGAGAGAAGAGCUAUUUACGCAAAUCGUAUUUGCUAAAAGUCCAGAUCACAGCAUCACAUAUGGACAAGCUAAAACCUGCACUCUUUUUCAAGGGACUGCCUAGUUUGCAGCACUGGCCAGCUCAUGAGCACGAGUGCUUUGAUUGCGGUGGCAAGCAGUGAUUCCAAGUUUAGAAACCCCAAUCUUCAUAUCAUUCAAACAGUUUCCAAGCUGGUUAACUGUAAUAUUUAAGGGUGUAUUGUGCAAGUCAGUCUGAGUCUUUUACACUUGAUCCAGCACACCAAAAAAAAAACCAACCCAAAAUCCAAGAAAAAGGCAGAUUAUAUUUUUACAUACUGUAAGUUGACGUGAUUAAAAUGAAAGUUUCUUAUUUCUAUUUAACUUCAACCUGUAGCAUAGUGCAGAUAGGCUAAUGCUGCUAAGGUACAGUAUGUCUUGUCUUAGCAACAGCAUAAGGCAGAAAUCUGGCAUUGCUUCCCUCUCACAACAAGAUAGGCAAAGUUCUCUCCAAAAGCAUUUGGCAGUACAGGGAGCACUUGGGUAACACCAGGAAGAUGACAGUUUACUAUUACCCAUUGUAUUGGAUAAUUUUUAAAUCUUGUAUAUGCAUUGAAAGUUUCCAAUAAAC